AUGGCUGCCCCUAACGACCACAUCUUUGAAAAGCCUCCCUUCAACGCUGUUGACAGUAGUGAUAGCUCGCCAGCUCCAGAUUUCAAAGUGUCUGAAAGUCCAGUGGACGCAAGCAAUGAAGCUGAGGCUGCACCGGAGCCGCAACUCCCAGGCCCUUUCCAGUUCGCUUUGGUGACUUUUUCGUUGUGCCUAAUCAUUUUUGUCAUCACUUUGGACAGUACCGUCCUGGCCACAGCAGUCCCCGUGAUUUCGGACCAGUUCAAUUCCAUCAAAGAUAUUGGCUGGUACAGUAGUGUCUAUUUCAUGACCACAUCCAUCACGCAGUUGCUGUAUGGAAAGCUCUACACUUGGUAUCACAUUCAAUAUGUCUACACAGUGGCCAUGCUAUUUUUCUUGGCUGGCUCGGCCAUUUGCGGCGCAGCUCCAAACUCCCCAGCCCUGAUUGUCGGCCGUGCUGUGGCAGGAAUUGGAUGUUCGGGUUUACUGGUUGGCACCUUUUCUCUCGUGCCAUUCAUUGCCCAUCCGACAAAGGCACCUUUGUUUAUGGGAUUGAUCGGUGGUACAAUGGGCAUUGGAUAUGCCACUGGGCCGCUGAUUGGUGGCGCAUUCACCGAGCAUGUCACCUGGCGAUGGAAUUUUUACAUCAAUCUUCCGAUUGGUGCGUUCAGCUAUGUCAUUUUCCUGCUAUUUGUGCACCCACCCAAGCCUCAAGCGCAGCCUCAUUCUCUAGUUGAAUUCCUCAAGGGAUUCGACUUUAUCGGUCUCAUUACCCUGAUUGGAAGCGUCGUCUGUCUCCUUCUCGCGCUGCAAUGGGGUGGGGCCACAUAUGCCUGGGACAGUGGCAGAAUCAUCGCUCUACUCGUUCUUUUUAUUCUGUUGGGAAUUAUAUUCGUCGGUCUGGAGCUCUGGCAGGGAGACAAGAGUAUGCUGCCUGGACGUGUGCUAAAACAACGUAGUGUCGCCGCCGUUUGCCUCUUCUGCUUUUGCUCUAGUGGUGCCUCGUUCUUGCUGCUCUAUUACAUUCCAAUUUGGUUCCAAGGAGCUCUAGGGACGAGUCCAUUCGGCGCUGGUGUGGACACCCUUCCUCUUGUCAUUGCUAAUGCCCUAUCCUCGCUGUUUGGCGGUAUUCUAAUCGGAGUGGUCGGACGCAUUUGGCCAUUCCUCAUUUUUGGUUCGACAUUUAUCUCCCUCGGGGCAGGUCUGUUCACCACAUUUACGAUCGACAUCGGCACGGGAAAAUGGAUUGGGUACCAAAUCCUCUUCGGCCUUGGCAUGGGUGUAUGUGCUCAAACGCCGGUUAUGGUCGCCCAGAAUGUGCUUGAUUUGGUGGAUAUUCCUAUUGGAUCGGGUAUUGUGAUGUUUACUCAGACCAUGGCAGGUGCAAUCUUUACUGGUGUUGCUCAAUCCCUCUUCAUCAAUCGCCUAGACCAAAACAUUGCCAAAACAGAUAUCCCCAGUAUCGACACUAGUCAAAUCAUGACCGGAGGUGUCACGACUCUGACCAACGGGUUACACGGGGCAGACAAGAUCGCCGUCCUCGACGCUUUCAAUAAGGCAAUGGUAGAUAUGUGGUUGUUGCCAUUGGCUUUGUGUUGCAUUAGUAUUAUUGGUGCCCUGAUCGUCGAGCGACGCAAAAUUCGGGGACGGGAGAAGGAGACUAAGGAGUCAGCGUCCGCCCCGGUAUAG